AUGGCGCGGCUCUCCGGUCUGCAGCGCGAGGUAUUGUCCCUGUACCGCCAAUGUCUGCGUGAGAUCCGGAAAAAACCUACUGUAGGAGUCUUUCUUAUCUUUCUGUUUUUUUGGUUCCCUCAGACUGAACAUCCCCAGGAGUCCAGAGCCAACUUCAAGGCCUAUGCCCGCGCGGAAUUCCAAAAACAUCUCUCGGUGAGCAAGAAAGACUUCGGGGCCGUCGAGUACCUGUUGCGCAAAGGCCAGCGCCAGCUGGAGAUGUACGCGGCACCGGGGAUCCGCAAUAUCCGGUGA